AUGACUUCAGAAGAACGAGGAGUAAAUAUCACAAAUCAAGGCUGCAUAAAUGCAAUUAUACACGCCGUGCCUCCUGUUUUCAUAUUCCCACGGGUUUUCUAUAAAGAUAACAUGUUGAAAGAAGCUCCACCUGGAUCAUUGGGCGUGGCCAAUCAGCCAGGGUGGUCAACUGAACCGAUUUUUAGAAAGUUUCUUGAUCACUUCAUCGAAGUCGCCAAACCAACAAGAGAUAAUCCAAUUCUCUUGACAAUGGAUAACCACGAGACUCAUAUAUACAUAGAGAUCAUUGAGAAGGCUAGACAAAAUGGAAUAAUCUUAUUAACUUUGCCUCCACAUACAGCCAAUCACUUGCAACCACUAGAUCGAACAGUUUUUGGACCAUUUAAAAACCAAUACAAUCAAGCAGCCGAUAGAUGGAUGCUCAAUCAUCCUGGUAAACCGAUAACCAUUUACGACGUAGCAGAAAUAGCUGGUGAAGCAUAUGGAGUCUCGUUUACACCGAAGAACAUUGUAAAGGCCUUUGAGACCCAAGCCAACCUAAAUCAGUUACAAAAUCAAGACAAGCCGGAUAUUGAAGUCACCGAAACUGAUCAAGGACCACCAAUAAAUAAUUUAGGUAUACCACAACAACAUGACAGUAACCAAAACUACCCAGAUCACUUGGAUCAUAACCAAUUAUCUGCCGAUUCCAUCCCAGAACUAGUAUCGCCAUUCCAUAAUGUUCAGCUGUUACGAACUCCAUUAAAAACUAUAAAGGAAAGGAUGCAGUUUUCUCAACCCAAAUACGAGAAAGAAGAGAAAAUUAUUGAGGAGCUGAUGAAGUAUACCAGUCUUCUUGGUUCGCUUUCAACUAUUUGCAAUUUCCGAUGGACAAAAGCAAGCCUCGUCCGAGAAUUAAUACUAGACAGUGUGAGAUAUCUGGGCAUUCACCUAGAUCGCCGCUUGACGUGGAACCAGCAUAUCAAGUCCAAAAGAGUGGAAAUAAAUAUAAGACACAGAAAUUUGUAUUGGAUGCUAGGCCGGAACAGCAGAAUAACCUUAGAAAACAAACUUCUCAUAUACAAGUCUAUAUUAAAAACCGCUUGGACGUAUGGCAUACAGGUCUGGGGUAGUGCCAGUAACACAAAUAUCGCUAUAUUGCAAAGAGUGCAGAACGCAAUUCUAAGGACAAUAUCAAAUGUUCUCUGGUUUAUAAGAAAUUCAGAGAUACACACACAACUUGAGAUGAAUACUGUGAAAGAGGAAAUCCAAGCAUCAACAACAAAAUACCAGAAGCGCUUGGAAAACCACCCGAAUAUGCUUGCGGCAAAUUUAAUAACACGCAGUUAUCAAAAACGCCUUAAAAGAAAAGACAUUCUAUAG